AUGUCUGACGAUUCUGCAGCCUGGCCUGUCGCCGACGAAGCUCUCUCGCAACAGAUUCUUGAUCUGGUGCAACAAGCAAACCAUUACAAGCAAAUGCGCAAGGGAGCAAACGAAGCGACGAAGACUUUGAACCGUGGCAUAGCUGAGCUUAUCGUCCUCGCGAGCGAUACCUCCCCUCUCGCUAUCCUUCUACAUCUCCCACUCCUCUGCGAAGACAAAAAUGUCCCUUUUGUAUACGUCAAAAGUAAGGCGGCGCUUGGAAGAGCCUGUGGCGUUAGUCGUCCGGUGAUCGCAGCGAGUAUAACCACGAAUGAAGCGAGUGACCUGGCAGGUCAGAUUAGGUCCGUGAGGGACGCUGUGGAGAGACUCGCCAUUUGA